AAGCAUCCUCUAUUGAAUCACCCUCAAAAAUUUUUUUGCCAAGUCCUGAGUUGAUAGCUUAAAGUAAAAAGUGAAAAUUAUAGUUUCAUUAGGACUUGGUGUAAAGAAAUCCCCUCUCCCCUUCCCCAAAGGGAUACUGCAGUUAUAUCACAUACCCAAUAGGCACCACGAUGAAGAUCAGAGCUUAUACUUAAUUAAGGUUUUAUACACACCAGUUCCCCAGUAAAUGCAAAUUUAACAAGAAAAUUAGACAUGUCAUAUGUUCAAAAUGCUCAUGGCAAACAAUCAUUUUGCAUUCCUGCAAAUAAAAUUGUUUUAUACUGUAAGCUGGAGGCGAGUGUAACUUAUUUUUGUAAUAAAGUUUUUAUUUUUUUUAUGUGUCAUUAAUAUAAAUGUGUGUUAGUGUAGAAAUCUUCUGGUUUAAAAACUUAGAAUUGCACACAUUUCAGUAUGUUUAUUUGUACUUACAUAAUUUUAGAAUAGUGGUUGCCAAUAGCCUGUAUGUUUCACAUUAAUUGGUUUUUUGUUAUCUAAAUAAAUCAUUUUAGUAUGUUGUAUGUCAGUUACUGGGAUAGCUGGGACAUAGAGUGUAAUUUAAAAUUUGUCAAUAAGUAUUCAUUGGAAUAUAUGUAAAUGUGCCUUGCCGGUUAUUGAAACUUACCUACAAAAUGAGUAUGGGGUGACAAAAAUUAGUUCCUGGUGCUUAAUGAAACUUUCUGCCACUGAUUUUAUAUAUUACCCCGUGCUUUUUUAAAGUACAUCUCUCUCAAAACUUAGUGUAAGUUUGAGGGCUACACAAAACAUUUACAUUUCAUUCUAACAUAAUAUAAUAGGUUGUGGAAAGUGGGUAAACUAAAUGUAGCCUUCAGUAAAAUUGAAUCUCAGUGUAAUCCUUGGUGCUGGCAUUUCCCAGUUCCGAGGAGUUAAAUGAUCCCAUCUAAGAGGUCAUUGCCAUGCCUAUUGGCACUUUACUGUCAUAGCAUUUUUAAGGGACACUGUCAAGGUGUUUAAGUUAAUUCUCAGAAUUAUUUGUUGGGAUUUUAGGACAGGUUUGUUUUACUUCAAGUAAGAACUGCAUUGUCAAAGUUGAGAGAUGAACACUUUUGUGAGUUCACAAAUGUGUUCUCAAGAAAACAUUAAAAUAUGGAGCUCUGGGUUUUCAAGACUAUUUGGCAUUCUUAGUUUGGGGACUUGGGAGGGAAACUGAUAAAAAGAAAUUGUGAAGAAUUGAUGGUUAUACUUAAAGAAGGGUAAUGUAAACAGUGGUGAUGAAAUAUAUACACAUCAAGUGAAAUUACUUGACAGUGUUCAUUUGAAUGACUUUGAAUUCAAGCCAUUAUAAUUACUUUUAAAAUUAAAUAUCAUUUGCACUGUUCUGAUAAUGGGUGCAGUUUUUGAGCAAUAUAAUCAGAGCUAAAUAUGCAUGUAGUGAUUAGUGAUGUGAACAAUUAACGUUCUGAGAAGAAAUACUAACUGUGGUAUUUUCAAACUUAAAUUUCUGUAGUAAAAUCAGUAUCAAAGUCUUAUCAGAUCAAGGAAAACAGGCAAUGCAUAUAAACAUACUUUUGAAUGUUGUGUGGCCUAUAAAGCAAUAAUGCAAUUUAUAUGGAAUGUCAUGGGAUAUGAGAAAUGGAAAUGCAAAAAUAACUAAUCCUUUAGUAAAAAUGUCAACAUGUUAAAGGGGGAAUGUUAACUAAUGUAGGUUAUUGCUAUUUGUGAUUUGUUUAUGGGUUCUUGGCUUUGACAGCUUCAAAGAAUGGACAGUGAUAAGUCAAAGAAAUUUUGUAUAUAUUGUCAAGGAAAGGAUCUUAAAUCCAAGAGUCAAGUCCCUUCCUUGGGGUAAAAAAUGUAUUCUUAAAGCAUUCUGAUUGUUAAAAAGAAAACUUAAGUUAUCUAACCAAAACAGACGCAAGAUUUUGUUUCUGCAGACUACUUGGCAAUCAAAAGUGAUCACAAAUUUAGUUUAUCAGUUUUCAGAAAGUUGCUUUGUGAGAAAAUUUUGUUAGAUAUAUUCUCCCAAGCAUGCUUUUUGUGGAAGGUUUUCGGCCAUUGCAACUGAAUCAGAUGUUAAAAAUGAAGGGAAAAUUGUGCACACACAAAACUGUUGUACACUCAUGAUUGCAAUGUUAGCUUAAGAAACUUUUCUACCAGUUACUGCAAAUCUGACUUAAAAUGUAGUUUCCUCAUGAUAAAAUAGGAACAACAUAGAAAUGGAUUGAUGGGGUGGUGAUCUGAGUUAUUGUAUAUAAAAGUUUUUAAAGAAUAGAAUGAACAUCAAGCUAGAUAGGCAAAAUUGACACAUUUGGAACAGCUUUUUUGACUGUGAAGCCAAAAGUUGUCAGAAACAUAGCAAAAGAUCCCAUAUUAUUACAGAGUAUCAUACGUAGUCUCUAUUUUAAGGGGAGAAAUUAAAUAGAAGGGCUUCAUGCAUUUAGGAGAGGGUGCUAAAGCUUCUCAAGUUCGUAAAACUUACAGGAAUACCCACCAUGAUCAUUUUCUCUCUAACUGUGUAUACCACAAAAUUUUCAUCUGGCCAUAGGAAUUCAUUGGUGGGUGUAAAAUUAAUGACUAAAGAACUUAACUGACAAAUACAUAAAAGAAACAGACUUGUGGGGAUAUUGUUUUAAGGUGUAUUAAUUACUCAGUGAUCAUACCACUCAAUAGGGCAUGCCACUACUUUCUUAAGAUGCUAAUUAUGAAGCAGUGCUCACAGGCAUUUUUUAACUAGCAAAUUACUAGAUGGACUUUUGGGGUCUGUCACUUUUUAAAAGUAUUUAAGACUUAAAUUAGCACCACAGUCUGCCUUCAGUAAUACACCUAAAAUAUUCUUCAGGACCAGAAGCAUUCAGUUUGAAAAUUGUGCAGAUGCAAACCAGUAUUAUUACUAACGCUCUGGGUCAAAGGUUAGGUUUUUAAUGUUAACAGUAGUCUGGUAAAUAUUUAGAAGUCUGGCAUUGAGAAACAAAAGCUUGUACCUGACUAGUAUUUUUAUUUAAAAAAAUUAGUUCUGUUAGCUUAUUUAAAUUGUCUUUUACAUUUAUUUAUCCGUAGAAUUUAUAUUUAUUUCAUUCCUUUCAUCUCACUGAAAACUGUCUGCAGGCCCUUUGAUUUGGAUUAGAUGUGUGAAGUACUGUCUUUUGCCAAAAACCUCAAAUUACCUGUUCUUUUCAACGUAGUGGUUUUGUGCUUGUUUGGAGAUCAGUUCAAAAACUAUCUGUACUAUCUGUACUGCCUCUGAUGUUAAGAUUUUAUGUAUAGCAUAAGGAAGCUAGCUCUGACUAUAUUUUCCUAAGAAUAAAGACCUAUUUUUGUAGCA